AUGCGAACUCGAUCGAGUCGGUCUACAGAGGACUUGGUCGAGCUAGACUUUACAACGGGUAGAAAGAGGGUUCAGAGGUCACAGAGGGUACAAGAGGAACCUGAGGUGCUUGUUGCUGAUACAAUGGAUGUACCAGAGGGGAAUGGAAACCCUUUGGGCAAUGGACUCGGUCGAGCUAGGCAAACUCGACCGAUUGGUCUAGGAGAUGCUCCAAACCGCCACCAACAGAGACAAGGGAUUGUUCCACCACCAGUGCAGAACCACAACUUUGAGAUCAAGCUGGGAAUGAUCAACCUUGUUCAGAACAAGAUGUUCCAUGGAUUGCCAAGUGAAGACCCCAUUGACCACCUUGAUGAGUUUGAUAGGCUUGUGAUUUGA